AGAUCAACAAAAACCAAAUAUUGAUUUAUCAAGAUUAGAUGAUGCUGUUAAAAGAAUAUUGACAAUUAAAUAAAAAAUGGGAUUGAUUGAAGUAAGUGAAUCUGUCAGUUAAAUAUAUGAUUUACCAAAAAGAAAAAUGGCUUAAAUAGUAAAAGAUAAAGUAUAAGAAUAUUAAGAUGCAUUGCAAGCAGCACUUUAAUCAUUGGUCUUAUUGUAAAAUAAAGAUGAUGUUAUUCCAGUCAAUAAAAAUUCUAUUCAACAUGUUAUUUUAUUAGGUGAUAGAUAUGUACCUAUUGGAAAUGGAUAAUAUUAAAUAUUUUAAGAUUAUAAUAAUAUAGGAGCAUAAAAUGGUGGAUGGACUAUUAGAUGGUAAGGAUAUAAUGGAAAUGAUUAUUGGACUGGAAAUUUAAAGGAUUAAUCAUAAGCUACCUCUAUCUUAGAUGCUAUCAAAACAAGAUUCUAAGAAGCUUAAAUACAUCACCCAUAAUAUAACGAUCCUACUAAUUAUAAUGCUAUUCUUUAAGACAGAGCUGCAUUCAAAAACAAAUUAGACUCCAUUAAAGAUUAAUUUACAGAAACCAAUACGAUUCUCAUUCAUUUAUUAGCAGAAAAUCCAUAUGCUGAGUAUAUGGGAGAUAUUAAUUGUCAAUAUUGUUAAACUUAAGAUAAAAAAGGUUGUUUAUAUUAAAUGCAUGAUAAUGUUUAUCAAACUCAAUCAUAAUCUACCAGAUUGGAAAUCAAAGCAGGAGCAUAUGAAAAAUAAGUAUUUAUGUCAUUAUAUUUUAGUUAAUUAAUAGUAUCUUUAAAGGUAAAAGUAAGAUCAUCACUGUUUUAAUAAGUGGAAGACCAAUGUUGAUAGAUGACCCUCUAUCUAUAACUCAAGCCUUUAUAGCUGCUUGGCUUCCUGGAACUACUGGAGGUGAAGCUAUUGUUAAAUCCAUCUUUGGUGAAUAUGGAUUUGGAGGACCUGACAAUUUUUUCAAUAAAUUACCAUCUCCAUGGAUUUCUACUCUAGAAUCAAUUAAGGAUUAUCCAAAGUAUGAUUCAGAUCAAGUACCCAAAAUCCUUAAUCCUAAAUUUAAUACUGGAUAUGGACUUUCAACUACCGAAAUCGUUUAUUCUGUUGCUCAAUGAAGCGAUAUAAAUAAUAAUCAAUAAG